AUGGGCCCUCGGCCCGGGGGCGGGACUCUUCCUACCGAGCCGGGCCACGGCGGCGCGAAUUGGCUCUGCACUCCCCUGGGCAGAGAUGCGAGAUGGCUGCAGCCCCGCAUGGCUCUGGCACAGAGGCUCUGGUUCUUCUCUUGGCUGCUGGUGCUGCCUGGAGGCCUCACACUUCUCGGUAGUGGGCACCUCCUGGCCCAGCUGUGUCACCUUGGCAAAUUCUUGGCUCCCUCCUGUGCCUUCGAUACCCUGCCCCAGGUUGCCCUGGCAGCUGGUGCAGUGGCUCUGGGCACAGGUCUGGUGGGUGUGGGAACCAGUAGGGCCAGUCUGGGUGCAGCUCAGUACCCUUCCUGGCAAGGGGCUGGCCCAUCACUGUUGGCUGGCACUGCCAGGGGCGUAGGGUCUGUCCUCGCCCUGGGGCUAGCCCUGGUUUUACCUGGAAGUCUGGAUGCUGGCCUAGAGGGCCUGGGCAUUGCCUUGGCUCACUAGAAGGACACAGAGAUGCCCGGACACUGUCACGCCAAACGGCUGUUGGAUGAGCUACAGCUGUGGCAUCAUUGCUGUGGGCACCAUGGGUACCAGGGUUGGUUUGGGGUCCAGUGGGUCAGCAGCCAUUACCUGGAUCCCAAUGACCAGGAUGUCGUCAACCGGUUGCAGAGCAACCUGGAAGGCCUCUCUCUAAUCGAUGGUGUCCCAUUCUCCUGCUGCAACCCCCACUAGCUGCCUUGCCUGCAGAACCAGCUUUCAGACCUCCACACCCACCCCCUCUUCGAUCCCCAACCACCCAACCUACUAAACCUCUGGGCCCAAGGGCGCCACGGGGUGCUGCGAAGGCACCUGCAGGGGUUGGUGAAUGCGCUGGGCAGCACGUUGGCUGUCACCUUCCUGCUGCAGACUCUAGUGCCCCUGGGCCUGUGCUACCUACACAUGGCACUGGAGGGGCUCGGGAGAGUCUUCGAUGGGGAGGGAGAGGCCCAGGGCUAUCUCUUUCCUGGUGGGCUGAGAGACAAGCUGAGGGCAGCAUGGCUGGCAGGAGGGGCUGCCCACAGGCCAGCACCUGAGGAGGCCCCAGAGGAAGAGGCACGUCCUAAGGAGAGUUUACCUGAGACCUAG